GCCUCAGCUGUUUGUGUAACCAUAUUUCAAAUGCCCUUUUUUUCCCCUUCUUUUUGUGUGUUUUUGUGUGUUGUAAGAUUAUAUUCCUUUGCCCCAUCGCUUUAUAAGCCCUCCUCUCUCCCCCCAUCCCUUUGAUCUCUCUCAACACACCACACCACACAACACAACAACUCUCCAAUCCAUACCCUAAACUCAGAAUGUACCAUCAUCAUCAACAUAGAGGGAAAAGCAUCCACUCCUCUGAGAGGCAUUUGUUCUUACAAGGUGGGAAUGGGCCUGGAGGAGAUUCAGGUCUUGUUCUUUCCACCGACGCUAAACCCAGGCUUAAAUGGACUCCUGAUUUGCAUGACCGUUUUGUUGAAGCAGUCAAUCAACUUGGAGGGCCUGACAAGGCCACUCCUAAAACCGUGAUGAAAAUUAUGGGCAUUUCUGGACUUACUUUGUACCAUUUGAAGAGCCAUCUUCAGAAAUACAGGCUGAGCAAGAACAUGCAUGGACAAGCAAAUGGUGGAAGUGGAACCAAUAAUAAAACUGGUAUGGGUUGGCGUGUAGGAACGGUGGCUGUUUCUGUAGACCAGAGAUUGGGUGAGGCAAAUGGAGCAGGUCGCACUAACAACAGCAUAGCCGUCGCCCCACAGGCCUCCUCCCAGCCAAACAAUCUUCAAAUCAGUGAAACAAUACAAAUGCAAAUUGAAGUGCAGAAAAGGCUACACGAACAACUCGAGGUACAAAGGCAUUUGCAGCUACGAAUAGAAGCACAAGGGAAGUAUCUCCAAACAGUGUUGGAGAAAGCACAAGAAACAUUAGGAAGACAGAAUUUAGGGACAGUGGGACUUGAAGCUGCCAAAGUGCAGCUCUCAGAAUUGGUCUCCAAAGUGUCCACUCAAUGCCUAACUGCAGCCUUUCCAGAGCUCCACCACCACCAACAACAACAACAACAAAACCAACCCCAAAGGCUAUGUCCUCAACAAACCCAGCCCCCUGACUGCUCCAUGGACAGUUGCUUGACUUCCUGCGAGGCCUCCAAGGAUCAGCAAAACAGCCACUUGGCCCUCCAACCCUAUGCCAUCGCCACCGACAGAGGCUCCUCCGCUGCGGACCAGCUUCAUGGGCUGUCCAUGGGCAUGGGGUUGGUGCAAGGGGAGAAGGGGGAAGGGUAUAAUGGGUAUUCACCAUCCGAGGGACAAAGAUUUGGGAGUACAAGAAAGGAGGGAGUGGAAAAGGAGAAAGUGGAGGGGGCGUUUAGAUAUAGAAUGGACUUGAAUGCUGGAGAGGAUCAGCUUAGUGAUAAUGAUCAUGCUGCGUCUAAUACUUGCAAGAUGUUUGAUCUUAAUGGUUUCAGCUGAUUAUUAUUAACCUUCUUGAUAUAGAUAUAUAUUGCAAGAUGUUUGAUCUUAAUGGCUUCAUGAAAGUUGAUAUUAAAGUAUAGAACUUGUUCGGCAAACCCACAAAUGAGCUACUUUUAGUCAUUGUUUUUUUGACAAGA